CCGAGUCAUCAGGUCCAUAUGCGUUCGUUCUCGCGCGCGUUUCGCUCGCUUCUGCAUCUGAUUUUGCAGUUAAAAUUAAGAGAGGCGAACGCAGUACGUUACACUCCGAUUGCAAUCUCUGUAUUUCUCUGUCGCCUGAAGUUUUUUCUGCUCCAUAAAUCUAUUAUCAAGAUUGUAAAUAGACGGAUGGAUUCUGGAACAAUAGGUCAAAUGUCUAAUGGAAUCAAAGAUCAUUUGUCUCUGCAAGCGAAUGGCUCAGAAUCAACUGCUGUUCCCUUUAAGCAACCGUUUGUGAUUGGUGUUGCUGGGGGCACUGCAUCCGGAAAAACAACUGUUUGUAAAAUGAUUAUUUCUCAGCUUCACGAUCAACGCGUGGUUCUUGUUCAUCAAGAUUCGUUUUAUCGCUCACUCAGUGAUGGGGUUCUCAAAAAAGUCGGUGAAUACAACUUUGAUCACCCUGAUGCCUUCGACACAGAACUUAUGCUUUUGUGCAUGGAGAAAUUAAAACAUGGGCAGGCAAUCACUAUCCCAAAUUAUGAUUUCAAGACCCACAAAAGCCUUGAAAUAGGGCGUAAGGUUAAUCCCUCGGAUGUCAUCAUUUUAGAAGGAAUACUUAUUCUUCAUGAUCCUCGUGUCCGUGAUCUCAUGAAUAUGAAGAUAUUUGUCGAUGAAGACUCUGAUGUGCGGCUUGCAAGAAGGAUUAAACGUGAUACUGUUGAACGAGGGAGAAACAUUCAAAAUGUGCUCGACCAAUAUGGCAGAUUUGUGAAACCUAGCUUCGACGAAUUUAUACUUCCAUCAAAGAAAUAUGCAGAUAUCAUCAUCCCUAGAGGUGGAGAUAAUCAUGUUGCGAUCGAUUUGAUAGUACAACAUAUUCGUACCAAGCUCGGACAACAUGAUCUAUGUAAAAUAUAUCCAAAUAUUUUUGUUAUAUUGUCAACAUUUCAGAUACGGGGAAUGCACACUCUUGUACGUGAUGCUAAAACAACAAAGCACGACUUUGUCUUCUAUGCAGACCGACUUAUUCGACUGGUUGUGGAGCAUGGAUUAGGUCAUCUUCCUUUUACUGAAAAACAGAUCAUUACUCCAACAGGAUCUGUAUACACUGGAGUUGUUUUCUGUAGAAGGUUGUGUGGGGUCUCAGUCAUUAGAAGUGGUGAAAGCAUGGAGAACGCAUUGAGAGCAUGUUGCAAGGGAAUAAAAAUAGGCAAAAUCCUCAUCCAUGGAGAGGGAAACAAUGGUCGGCAGGUUCGUGGAUCUUCCUCUCUUUUCCCACAUAAAGACAUUAACGACCCCAUAUUUCUUCUUCUAACAAUGCUGGUGCAGUUAAUUUAUGAGAAGCUACCGGCAGACAUUUCUAGUCGUCAUGUCUUAUUGCUUGACCCAGUUCUAGCUUCAGGAAACUCUGCGGUCAAAGCUAUAUCGCUGCUUCUCAGUAAGGGCGUUCCAGAAUCUAACAUUAUAUUCCUUAACCUCAUAGCGGCACCUCAAGGAAUACAUGCUGUCUGUGAGAAAUUCCCAAAGCUCAAGAUCGUUACGUCGGAGAUUGAUGCAUCCCUUGAUGAGAACUUGCAUGUGAUCCCAGGAAUGGGGGAAUUUGCGGAUCGUUAUUUUGGUACAAAUAGUGAUGCUGCUACUUGCAAGCAUUAACGUAGCAAGUAGCAACCUCUAGAGGCAAAGAUUGCCUGCCUAAAUUACUCUCAUUCUUUCAUUAUUUUACCUCUUCUCAGUCCUCACUUUAUCUUACAUGUAACGAGUAACCAAUUACUGUCUAAACAUUGCUCAAAUUGAUUGUAGUUUACUCCCAAUAAUUUAAAUACCAAAGAGAAUUAAGUUUUG